GUUAGUAAUAGCUGUAAACAACACUUGAGGAAAGGUCGGCUGUUGUAUGAAAUGGAACUUUCUGAUGGCGCUUGAGGAAACCUAAGUUCUUUGCUUAUGUUAAGAGUCACCGUGGUUCAAAUUCUGUACAUCCAACUUUGAUGCAGGCCGAUAGAGCUCAUGCGUAUGCGGACUCUGAAAAGGCUCCUGUACUUGGUGAGCUGUAUGCAGGGACUUUUGUUCAUGAGGCCUCCUUGACUAGCGUGGAACUUGUCCCCAGAUUCAUUGAGGGUUCGUAUUUAGUUGAAAUUACGGUGGCAAAAACGCAAGUGCUUAAGCUGCUGCAAGAACUGAACCCUACUAAAGCAGCUGAGCCUGAUUCAAUUCACCCGAAGCUUAUGCAUGCGUUGGUAGUGGAACUAAAUGGACCGCUGACGAUGAUGUUUCAGGUGUUACUUGACAGCUGCACAUUGCCUUCUGAGUGGUAGGUGGCCGUCCUCUUUUCUAUCUAAACAUGGCGACAGAAGUCUGUCGGCCAAUUAUAGGCCAGUCAGCCUGACUAGCGUCGUGGUCAGACUGUUUGAAA